AAAUGAUCUUGUUCUCUUGGAAGACUGAGAACUGUAUAAGGUUUCCCCAAUCUUGUCAUAGCCUAAGAUGGUUAGAGUUUCAGUGUUAUAAAAAUGGACACGAACACCCUUGUUCGGAUUCCUUUUCUGGUCUACAAGUGUGAGGGUGUUUUUUUUUGUUUUUUUAAGCUUACCAGUAGUGACACUUUAAGCUGCAGCUUGGUUUUCCCUCCUCCUCUUUUUUUAUUUUUCUUUAUUUUAAUUUAAUGCUGUAGAGAGUGACUUGCCAUCCGUGAGAGAUUGGUACAUGAUGUGUAAAUUCAGUUCAGCAUAUGUUUCUUCAUUAUGAAACCACUAGCAAUCCCAGCUAACCAUGGAGUUAUGGGCCAGCAGGAGAAACAUUCACUUCCUGCAGAUUUCACAAAACUACACCUUACUGACAGUCUCCACCCACAGGUGACCCACGUUUCUUCUAGCCAUUCAGGAUGUAGUAUUACUAGUGAUUCUGGAAGCAGCAGUCUUUCUGAUAUCUACCAGGCCACAGAAAGUGAGGCUGGUGAUAUGGACCUGAGUGGGUUGCCAGAAACUGCAGUAGAUUCUGAAGAUGACGAUGAUGAAGAAGACAUUGAGAGGGCCUCAGAUCCUCUGAUGAGCAGGGACAUUGUGAGAGACUGCCUAGAGAAGGACCCAAUUGACAGGACUGAUGAUGACAUUGAACAACUCUUGGAAUUUAUGCACCAGUUGCCUGCUUUUGCCAAUAUGACAAUGUCGGUGAGACGAGAACUUUGUGCCGUGAUGGUAUUUGCGGUAGUGGAAAGAGCAGGGACCAUUGUGUUAAAUGAUGGUGAAGAGCUGGACUCCUGGUCAGUGAUUUUGAAUGGUUCUGUAGAAGUUACUUAUCCAGAUGGAAAAGCAGAGAUUCUGUGUAUGGGAAACAGCUUUGGUGUCUCUCCUACCAUGGACAAAGAAUACAUGAAAGGAGUAAUGAGAACAAAGGUGGAUGACUGCCAGUUUGUCUGCAUAGCCCAGCAAGAUUACUGCCGUAUUCUCAACCAAGUAGAAAAGAACAUGCAAAAAGUCGAAGAGGAAGGAGAGAUUGUUAUGGUGAAAGAACAUCGAGAACUUGAUCGAACUGGGACGAGGAAAGGGCACAUUGUUAUCAAGGGCACUUCAGAAAGAUUAACAAUGCAUUUAGUGGAAGAGCAUUCAGUGGUUGAUCCAACAUUCAUAGAAGACUUUCUGUUGACCUAUAGGACUUUUCUUUCUAGCCCAAUGGAAGUGGGCAAAAAGUUAUUGGAGUGGUUUAAUGACCCGAGCCUCAGGGAUAAGGUUACACGGGUAGUAUUAUUGUGGGUGAAUAAUCACUUCAAUGACUUUGAAGGAGAUCCUGCGAUGACUCGAUUUCUAGAAGAAUUUGAAAAUAAUCUGGAAAGAGAGAAAAUGGGUGGACAUCUGAGGCUUUUAAAUAUUGCAUGUGCAGCUAAAGCAAAAAGAAGAUUGAUGACAUUAACAAAACCAUCCAGAGAAGCUCCUUUGCCUUUCAUCUUACUUGGAGGCUCAGAAAAGGGAUUUGGAAUCUUUGUUGACAGUGUAGAUUCAGGUAGCAAAGCAACUGAAGCAGGCUUGAAACGUGGGGAUCAGAUUCUAGAAGUAAAUGGUCAAAACUUUGAAAACAUUCAGCUCUCAAAAGCCAUGGAAAUUCUUAGAAAUAACACACAUUUAUCUAUCACUGUGAAAACCAACUUAUUUGUAUUUAAAGAACUUCUAACAAGAUUAUCAGAAGACAAAAGAAAUGGUGCCCCUCACCUCCCUAAAAUUGGAGACAUCAAAAAGGCUAGUCGCUACUCCAUUCCAGAUCUUGCUGUAGAUGUAGAACAGGUGAUAGGACUUGAAAAAGUAAAUAAAAAAAGUAAAGCAAAUACUGUUGGAGGAAGAAACAAGCUAAAGAAGAUACUUGACAAGACUCGGAUCAGUAUCUUGCCACAGAAACCAUAUAAUGAUAUUGGCAUUGGUCAGUCUCAAGACGACAGCAUAGUAGGAUUAAGGCAGACGAAGCACAUCCCCACUGCAUUGCCUGUCAGUGGAACCCUAUCAUCCAGUAAUCCUGAUUUAUUGCAGUCACAUCAUCGCAUUUUAGAUUUUAGUACUACUCCUGACUUGCCGGAUCAAGUGCUAAGAGUUUUUAAGGCUGAUCAGCAAAGCCGAUAUAUCAUGAUCAGUAAGGACACCACAGCGAAGGAAGUGGUCAUUCAGGCUAUCAGGGAGUUUGCUGUUACUGCUACCCCAGAUCAGUAUUCACUGUGUGAGGUAUCUGUAACUCCUGAGGGAGUAAUCAAACAGAGAAGACUUCCAGAUCAGCUUUCCAAACUUGCUGAUAGAAUACAACUGAGUGGAAGGUAUUAUCUGAAAAACAAUAUGGAAACAGAAACACUUUGUUCAGAUGAAGAUGCUCAGGAGUUGUUAAGAGAGAGUCAAAUUUCCCUACUGCAGCUCAGUACUGUGGAAGUUGCCACACAGCUCUCCAUGCGAAAUUUUGAACUCUUCCGCAACAUUGAACCUACUGAAUAUAUAGAUGAUUUAUUUAAACUCAAAUCAAAAACCAACUGUGCCAACCUGAAGAAAUUUGAAGAAGUCAUUAACCAGGAAACAUUUUGGGUGGCAUCUGAAAUUCUGAGAGAGACAAACCAGCUGAAGAGGAUGAAGAUUAUUAAACAUUUCAUCAAGAUAGCACUACACUGUAGGGAAUGCAAGAAUUUUAACUCAAUGUUUGCAAUCAUCAGUGGCCUAAACCUGGCACCAGUGGCAAGACUGCGAACCACCUGGGAAAAACUUCCCAAUAAAUAUGAAAAACUGUUUCAAGAUCUCCAAGACCUGUUUGAUCCUUCCAGAAACAUGGCAAAGUAUCGUAAUGUUCUUAAUAGUCAAAAUUUACAACCUCCCAUAAUCCCGCUAUUCCCAGUUAUUAAGAAGGAUCUCACAUUCCUUCAUGAAGGAAAUGAUUCAAAAGUAGAUGGGCUGGUCAAUUUUGAGAAGUUAAGGAUGAUUGCAAAAGAAAUUCGUCAUGUUGGCCGAAUGGCUUCAGUCAACAUGGACCCUGCCCUCAUGUUCAGGACUCGGAAGAAGAAGUGGAGGAGUUUGGGGUCUCUCAGCCAGGGUAGUACAAAUGCAGCAGUGCUAGAUGUUGCUCAGACAGGUGGUCAUAAAAAGCGGGUACGUCGUAGUUCCUUUCUCAAUGCCAAAAAGCUAUAUGAAGAUGCCCAAAUGGCACGAAAAGUGAAGCAAUACCUGUCCAACUUGGAGCUAGAAAUGGAUGAGGAGAGCCUUCAGACAUUAUCACUGCAGUGUGAGCCAGCGACCAAUACAUUGCCUAAAAAUCCUGGCGACAAAAAGCCUGUCAAAUCUGAGACCUCCCCAGUGGCUCCAAGGGCAGGGUCGCAACAGAAAGCACAACUCCAGCCACAGCCACAGCAACAGCAACAGCCGCCACAUAAAAUCAACCAAGGACUGCAGGUUCCUGCUGUUUCUCUUUAUCCUUCACGAAAAAAAGUACCUGUAAAGGAUCUCCCACCUUUUGGCAUAAAUUCACCGCAAGCUUUAAAGAAAAUUCUUUCUUUGUCUGAGGAAGGAAGUUUGGAACGUCACAAGAAACAAGCAGAAGAUACAAUAUCAAAUGCAUCCUCACAGCUUUCUUCUCCUCCUACUUCUCCACAGAGUUCUCCAAGGAAAGGCUAUACUUUGGCUCCUAGUGGUACUGUGGAUAAUUUUUCAGAUUCUGGUCACAGUGAGAUUUCGUCACGAUCCAGUAUUGUCAGCAAUUCGUCCUUUGACUCGGUGCCAGUUUCGCUGCAUGAUGAUAGGCACCAGAGGCAUUCUGUCAGCAUUGUGGAAGCCAGCCUAGGUGUGGGCAGGAUGGAAAGGCGGACCAUGAUUGAACCUGAUCAAUAUAGCCUAGGGUCCUGUGCACCAGUGUCUGAGAGUCGGGGUUUAUAUGCCACAGCUACAGUCAUUUCUUCUCCAAGCACAGAAGAACUUUCUCAAGAUCAGGGUGAUCGCGCUUCACUUGAUGCUGCCGACAGCGGCCGUGGGAGCUGGACUUCAUGCUCAAGUGGUUCCCACGAUAACAUACAAACCAUCCAGCACCAGAGGAGCUGGGAAACGCUUCCAUUUGGGCAUACUCACUUUGAUUAUUCAGGGGAUCCUGCAGGUUUAUGGGCCUCAAGCAGCCAUAUGGACCAAAUUAUGUUUUCUGAUCAUAGCACAAAGUAUAAUAGGCAAAAUCAAAGUAGAGAGUGUCUUGAACAAGCCCAAUCGCGAGCAAGCUGGGCGUCUUCCACUGGUUACUGGGGAGAAGACUCUGAAGGUGAUACAGGCACAAUAAAGCGAAGGGGUGGGAAAGAUGUUUCCAUUGAAGCUGAAAGCACUAGCAUGGCAUCUGUGACCACAGAAGAAACCAAACCAGUCCCCAUGCCUGCUCACAUAGCUGUGGCAUCAAGUACCACAAAAGGUCUUAUUGCACGGAAGGAGGGCAGGUAUCGAGAGCCCCCACCAACCCCUCCAGGCUACAUUGGAAUCCCUAUCACGGACUUCCCAGAAGGACAUUCUCAUCCAGCCAGGAAACCUCCAGACUACAAUGUGGCCCUUCAGAGAUCGCGGAUGGUUGCCCGAUCCUCUGAAAUGCCUGGGCCUUCCCCAGUACAGCAGCAGCCACAUGGGCAUCCAACAAGCAGCAGACCUGUGAACAAACCUCAGUGGCAUAAACCAAAUGAGUCAGACCCACGCCUCGCCCCAUAUCAGUCUCAAGGGUUUUCCACUGAGGAGGAUGAAGAUGAACAAGUAUCUGCUGUUUGAGGCACAGGCUUUUCUGGAUCCAGAGUGAGCCACUUACAAGGAGAGCACAAGAAGAGGUCCCUAGCAUUGGAGAUUGGAACUCAAAAUCUGAGGAUGGUGGACCAGUUUGCCUCCUUCCCUGCCUUAAAACAGCAUGGGGCUUCUUCUCCCCUUUUUCCUUUCCCCUUUGCAUGUGAAAUACUGUGAAGAAAUUGCCCUGGCACUUUUCAGACUUUGUUGCUUGAAAUGCACAGUGCAGCAGUUUUCAAGUUCCCACUAUUGCUGCCUGCCACAUCACACAAUAUCAUUCCAAAUUCCAAGAUCAUCACAACAAGAUGAUUCACUCUGGCUGUACUUCUCAAUGCCUGGAAGGAUUUUUAAAAACUCUUCCUUUUAGAUUCCAUCCAGUCCUAGCACUUGGUGUCAUUGGGAUAAUGAGAAAAGCUAGCCAUUGAACUACUUGGGGCCUUUAACCCUCCAAGGAAGACAAAGAAACAAAAUUAAAUUCUUUGAGUACAGUGCUUGUCCACUUGUUUACAAUGUUGUCCUCUUCUUUUCUUUCUUUUUUUUUUUUUGUAAGGAAUUUAAAUAUUGUGUUCAGAGAGUAAUGUUAUAUCCAUGUAAUGAUGAUCACAGUAUUAUUUUGAACCUUUAAGUAGGGUUGCCAGCCUGGGUUUCUGAAAAACCAAAUAUGUGGACAGAGUGUGGCCCAGCUAAGAAGCAGGAAGGCCUGGCUUGUAAUCCUGCCUUUCUGUGUCCUUCUGGACUCACCUGUGAAGUGCCCUAUCCUGGAAGUUUAAAAUGUUAGCCAAUUACUUAAAUACCAAGACACCUCAUCUGCUCCUUCCCCAGUGGGUGGGGUUCUUCCAUAAUCCUGUUUGCACAUGGCCAGGGGAGGGAAAUAGGACUGUUGUGUCCUAUGUCUGAGCCUUAUGGAGUGUGGGAAAGCGUCAUUUGAGGACGUCUUGCUCCAUUGAGAUGGAUGGCAAACCCCAUGUUUUAAGUUGUUUCUUUGAUUUUUGUUAAUUUAGAGUUUUAGGGGGUUUCUUUUUUGUUUUGUUUUGUUUUUUUUGAGAAACGUUUAUAACUGGAUAGCAUUGCAGUGAAAGCAGCUUGGGAUGUUGGAGCUAAUACGAGCUGUUAAUACUGCUCUUUCAAGGCAGCCUCCCUUUAUUGAAUUGAUAAUAGGGAAUAAACAAGCCUUUAAGAUGAAAACAGAUUAAAGACCUGGUUAGGUAUGCCAGCCUUUGCAAGGCAGGUUAGUCACCAAAGACUAACCUGUAAGUGACUUUCUGGACACUGCGUAUAUAGAGAAGGCCUAAGUGUAGCAACCACCUGCUCACAGCUGCUAUUAACCCUAUGACUGAAAAUGACCCUUCCACUCUAUUUUUGUGUUGUUUUUGCACAGACUCCGGAAAAGUGAAGGCUGCCAAUCCGAGUAGUACUCAAAUGUGAGGAACUGCUGGUCUUGGAUUUUUUUUUCCAUUAAAUUCAGCUGAUCAUAUUGAUCAGUAGAUAAACGUAAAUAGCUUCAAAUUUUAAAAGUCAAAUUGCAGUGUUUUUUCACUGUAUCAAACAAUGUCAGUGCUUUAUUUAAUAAUUCUCUUCUGUAUCAUGGCAUUUGUCUACUUGCUUAUAUAUUACAUUGUCAAUUAUGCAUUUGUAAUUUUACAUGUUAUAUGCAUUAUUUGCCAGUUUUAUUAUAUAGGCUAUGGACCUCAUGUGCAUAUAGAAAGACAGAAAUCUAGCUCUACCACAAGUUGCACAAAUGUUAUCUAAGCAUUAAGUAAUUGUAGAACAUAGGACUGCUAAUCUCAGUUCGCUCUGUGAUGUCAAGUGCAGAAUGUACAAUUAACUGGUGAUUUCCUCAUACUUUUGAUACUACUUGUACCUGUAUGUCUUUUAGAAAGACAUUGGUGGAGUCUGUAUCCCUUUUGUAUUUUUAAUACAAUAAUUGUACAUAUUGGUUAUAUUUUUGUUGAAAAUGGUAGAAAUGUACUAUGUUUAUGCUUCCACAUCCAGUUUGUACAAGCUGGAAAAUAAAUAAAUAUAACAUAAA